AUGGUUAUCGCUAGCGAAAAGAGCUUUGUAUGUGCCGGUGUUUUGGUUUUGCUGGGUGUUCCUCAGACCUGCUACAAGAAAAUGCGAACAAUCAAUGCCCAAAUUAUUUGGUGCAUUCUCUUAGGUAGCCAAUACGUGCUAUGCACCUUGACGCCCGACAGCAAAAACAAGAACAAACGUGACUCGAAAUUUCUACGUGGUCCGCAGGACAACGAUGUGUUUACCCUGAACUUGGUGUCACCGGAGCCCCUGGCAAAGGAUAUACUAAUCCAUCAUGAAGGCUACUACAAGGACACGGCGCUGCGUCGCUUCAAUGGCACUGUGCUGGGCUACGUGACGCCGUGGAACUCGCAUGGUUAUGAUAUAGCCAAAAUCUUCGCCAAAAAAUUUGAUAUCAUCUCACCAGUCUGGCUACAAAUCGUGAAACGUGGGGAUGAAUAUGCAAUAGCUGGCGACCACGACAUCGAUGCUGGCUGGAUAAAUGAUGUACGGCGCAAGGGCAAAGUGCAGCAACAACAGCAUCUGCGCACUGUAAAAUUCUUCCCUCGCAUCAUCUUUGAUCACUUUACGGAUCGAGACAUAAAGCUGUUGCUGAGCGAUGCGAAGGAGCGAACAGAGUUAAAUGAAAUGCUGAUCCGAGUGUGUAAGCAACAUGGAUUCGAUGGCUUGGUUCUGGAGGUGUGGUCGCAGCUGGCGGGGCGCAUAGAUGACAAGAUACUCUACACCUUGGUGCUGCAAAUGGCCAAGGAGCUGCAGAAGCAAAAAAUUCGACUGAUUCUAGUGAUUCCGCCGCAACGCAAGGAUAUGCCAAAUUUGUUUGGUGAGAAGCAUAUGGACAAACUGUACAAGUACAUAUAUGCCUUCUCUCUGAUGACAUAUGAUUACUCCACGGUGCAGCGUCCAGGCGCGAACGCUCCUCUUUAUUGGGUGCGCUCGGCUGUGGAGCACAUCGUGCCUGAUGGUUGCCAAGAUAUGGAGGUGAAGCGAGCUAAAAUAUUGCUGGGCUUGAACAUGUAUGGCAAUGAUUAUACGCCCGAUGGCGGAGGCCCCAUUACAUACGGUCCGUACCUGGACCUGCUCAGGCACGUGAAGAAGCACCUGACCCAUGAUGAGCGCGAUAUGGAGAAUUUUUUUGAAAUAAGAACUGAAACGGGUCGUCACAUUGUGUUUUAUCCGACGCUUUAUUCAAUCAAUGAACGCAUCCAAUUGGCUCAGCAGCUGGGCGUUGGCAUCUCCAUUUGGGAGCUCGGUCAAGGAUUAAACUACUUCUACGAUCUCUUCUAAAGGGGAACACAUUCCGAUAUAGUGAAUAUCUGUGGUCGAUUUUGCUUAAUUUAAUGGAACAUCUGACAACUGCACACAAUAUAAGUUGCAUUUAAUUAUUAUAUGGGAUUGUCAAAUCGGAUUUUCAGUUUCAAUUGCAGUUAUGCGCCAGCCAACGCAAUUAUCGAUUUAUCGAUUUAAAAUACCCAAAUGGCCUACAGCCCUAGUUCACAUAAUCCCUAGAGGAAUUUGUUGAA